CUGUUUUCAAACAAGGAACCUAGCAUAGCAGCUGCCGCUCGACUGCUCACUGAACUUGGAACGGAGAGCUGAAGGCGGCCAUGUGACACCCCUCCGGACCCCUGGACUAGCACAGGACCAGAGGCCUCAGCCUUGGAACAUGGCAAGUCCUGAGCACCCUGGGAGCCCUGGAUGGGCAGGACCCGUAGCCACUGGCCCAGAACACCCACGUCCAGGACCUGAAGGGCACUUAGAUGCCCAGGACAGCCCAAGCCCCCACUCGAGCAUGACCACACGGGAACUGCAGGAGUACUGGCGGAGAGAGAGGGGCUGUUGGAAGCGCGUCAAACUGCUCUUUGAGAUCACUUCAGCCCGUAUCGAGGAGAGAAAAGUCUCCAAGUUUGUGAUGUACCAAAUCGUUGUCAUCCAGACAGGGAGUUUUGACAACAACAAAGCUCUCCUGGAGCGGCGCUACUCAGACUUCGAGAUGCUGCAGAAGAGCCUCCAGAAGGCUUUCAGGGAAGAGAUUGAAGAUGUCGUCUUUCCCAAAAAGCACCUGAUGGGGAACUUCACCGAGGAGAUGAUCUCUGAGCGCAAGCUGGCCUUCAGGGAGUACCUGCACCUGCUCUACAGCAUCCGCUGCAUCCGCAGGUCCCGCGAGUUCAUCGAUUUCCUCACAAGACCAGAGCUCAAGGAAGCCUUCAGCUGCCUGCGAGCAGGGCAGUACACCAAGGCCCUGGACAUCCUGGUGCACGUGGUGCCCCUACAGGAGAAGCUGACCGCCCACUGCCCUGUGAUGGUGGUCCCGUCUCUCUGCGCCAUGCUGGUGUGUCACCGUGACCUCGAGUGCCCUGUGGAGGCCUUUGCAGCCGGAGAGAGGGCCCUCCAGUGUCUGCAGGCCCGGGAGGGCCAUCGUUACUACGCCCCUCUGCUGGACGCCAUGAUCCGCCUGGCCUACAUGCUAGGCAAGGACUUUGUGUCACUGCAAGAGAGACUUCAGGAGAGCCAGCUCCGGAAGCCCACCCCCAGGAACUUCACACUGAAGGAACUCACUGUCCGAGAAUAUCUGUACUGAGCCACGGCGGCAGGGAAGCUAGAGAUUUGGGACCACCCCUGCAGUGGGGACUGUUUGGGUUCAUUUUGAGUGCGAAGAACCCCUUUAGGCUCUCACUUGCUGGGUGACCUUGGACAAGCCCCUCCCCUGAUCCUCCCUUUCCCUACCUGUGUUGGCAGAGCUGCUGUCACUUGUCUUUGGCGGUCUCUGCUUGUGUCCUGUGUCCCUUUGAUACCAGGCCCAGUUCAUCUCAAAACCACAAGCCCAGCUGACGAAGCACGGGAGAGUCAGCCCCACCUUUCUGAUGUUUUUGUAGGUAGUUGGAGAAGAGGUUUGCAGUACACACCACAGACAAAACUCAGUCCAUUUUCUAACAGAGGACUCUCUCCAGUUGUCAUGAGUCUUUUCUCUCUGCUAUUCCCUGUUCCAUGUUGCUUGCAAACAUUCCCACCCAUUAUCCUAAGUAUUCUAGCUCUUCCCUCUUAGCAUAUAGACCCAACUGUGCAAAACAAAAGCUCACCUGCUGCUGCUCAAGGACAACUUCAUCCUGAGAUGGGGUGUACGUCAUCCUUUGAAGGGUGGGAUGAUACUGGACUAGAAUGCAGUUAUAUCAUGAAACGCUGUGAUACAAGGCAUUUUUAGCAAAGGAAGUUGUCAGUGAUUCUCUGGUUAGAAUGAUCUAAUCAUUACCUAGGGUGUGUUUUCAUUUAUAACGCAACUCUCCCUUGAAUGAGCUCCCUAAAUCUAUAGACAUAACCCUGACGGGAGGUGGGAAAAGAUACUCAGUGGGGCCUCUGGGUAGAAAAUGGAUCAAAAUGCUCAACACCUCCCCAUUUGAGGGACAAUGUUCUUGGAACGUCUCUGAUGGCUUAGGAUUCCCUAGACCAAAGUCCACUGUCAGGGAAGGACACCAAGGGCCCAGAGUGAAGGGGAUUCUGGACCAAUGAUCUGGGGUCAGCACUGGGUCUGAAGCUGAUGGUACAGGGUGGUUUGGGCCCAAUAUGUGUUUGAGGCUAGAAGUCCAUGAAGACCUCAGCCGUAUGGCUGAGCUUAUCACGGUAAACUUGGGAAGGCUAUAGCUUGGAAACCACAGUGUGGGACACCAGAAUGACCUGUUGGGGAUCUGGCUCAGCAAAGGGGUCACCAAAGCAGUGGACAAGCAUUCACUAAACUGCACCAGAAUGUGUUCACCAGUGACACCAUGUGACAAAAGUUGUAGUGGCCCAAUCAGGCUAUGUCCUGGAGUUAGCCACAGACUGACACCUUGGGACAAGAAAACCUUCAAGAAAGCCUUCAAGUGUCUCAGUUUACUCCAGGAGAAGGAUACUUCAAGUGGGAGAUACAGGACUUCCUGAAAAUCUGGGCAUAUGGAAAUUGAAAGUGUUAGAUGGAAAAAUAAGAGCAAUGUGACUCUAUUUGUAAUGGUGAAGAAGAUCAGAAUGAUUUUACAAGUUAUUUCAUCAAAGAUAAAAUGCUAUCUAUCCACUACAAGAUGCACCAAAUAUUCACUAAGAAAGAAAAGAUGCCCAACAUGGGGUGUUUAAUAGAUUUCAGCAAAAGCUGGGAGAGCCAAGAGUUAGCCCCCCACUGUAAGGGUCAAUGGAAAAAAACUGCUACACUGAAAGGGAUAGUGAGGAAAUGCAUGAGUCACAUUUGGCACUGGGUGAAGGGUGGGGAAUCCCCUAGAAUUUGAACUGAGAGGUCUGAGUACACAAAAGGUGGUCCAAAAUACUGGAAACAGAGUGCUCAUGGUAAAUGGUCUCCAAUGGAGGUGUUCCAGGUAGCUGGCACCACAAAAGCAGGUUCUCUGUGAAGGAAGUCAACAUCACUCCAGCCCAGUAGAGCCUGUAAGAUCCCACUGACUUCAGAGAUGCUAAAAUAUGGGGGAAGCAGUGAAGGAUGAUGCUCCUUCCACAUACCAGACCCUGUGAAGACCUGGGGACACAGUGGUGAACAGGACUCGGUCCCUGCCCUCAUCAAGGUGUGACACAUUAGAAGGGAACCACUCACAGAGCAAACAGAAGCUGGGACAGAAUGGUCUCCCUCAGUCACAAGCUACUGGUCAUUUUUGUUGUAUUGAAGGCUGUGAAGAAGAUCCUUUUCCCCUUUUCAUCAGUCAUUUCUGGAGGGAGGCGGGACCCACGAAGGAUCUAACCUCUCAAUGCAAAAAGUGGCCAGCAGAUGGCGCUGCCGCAUUGGAGGCUCCGAAGGCUUUGCCGGCUGUGCUCGAGAAGAGGAAUAAAACAGGAGGGAAAUUGAGCUUUUUUCCUCAAAAGAAAAAAAGAAGACUGAAAAACCCUUUGAAGGGGUUUGAACUAACGCUAAAAAGAAAGCUUUGCUUGGAAGACUCUGAUGAUGCUUCCCUGCCUCCUUAACCGCUAUGUCCCACCGCCAGUGUUGGUUGGGGUCCCUGGAGACCCCCUCUUGGGGUUCAGGACCUCACUCUUCCCUGCUCCCCCACCCGCUUCCCGCAACUGAGGCCGAAAUGGACGCGAGAAGACCUCGCCGCCGCCCCAUCACCAUCUUCAGGUAACCAGAAGGAAGCAAACGAAAUCUGCAACUCCCAACAAAAUAAGGCUCAAAAUAAAGGGUCUGCAGAACCUCCAGGAGGAGGCCAGGCCCAUGUGAUCUCACAUUUAACUGGCUGCCUCCUGAGGAAGGGAGCUUGAUUAAGCCUCCCUCAGUAUUCGAGCAGGUGGGCCCUUUGUCCAAAAUCUGGGGGAGGGGGUAUGGCCACCCCCACCUGCCAUACAGCUUUCCCAGAGGGAGGACUUAAGUACCACACUCCUCCCCAGACCUCACCUCUGACCUUCUGAGGACCCAGGCGGUGCUGGGGGCUUCCCAUCCACCUAUCUCCUGAACUAGGGGAGCGGAGGGUCAGUACACCUUGAGUUCUGUUCACCAUGAGAUACACAGCCAAGGCCAGGGCCAGAGAAUGAUGGUAAAGCGUGGGUUGAAUGAGUAAGUAAAUGGAAGAAAGAAAGCCAAGAGACAGAGUGGAAGGAAAGAAAUGAGAAAUCUACCUUGCUUCUUAUAGUGUCGAUUGGUACAAACACUAAGGACCACCUUUCCACACCAUCUACUGACACCCAACAUCAAUUAUUCUAUGAGGACCCAACAAUUCCACUCUUGGGAAUAUACCCUAUAGAUAGAUGGGCAGGCAUGUUCACCAAAAGACGUGAACUAGAAUAUCAGAGCUGGACUACUCCCAGUAAUAUCCUCCAAUCAGAAACAACCCAAAUGUCCACCAACAGUAAAACAGUUGAGUAAAUUGUGGUAUAUUCAUAUGCUGUUAUAUUACACAGCCAUGAGAACAAGCUACGCUUAUGUGCAAUGAAGUGGAUGACUCUCACAAGCAGGUCCAAGAGAAAGAAGUCAGACACAAACAAUACAGCCUGUAUGAUUCCACUAAAUGAACUUCAAGAGGAGAAACUAGAUGACAGUGGGUAAGGAUGCUUACUUGGACAGCAAAACUCCUAAAAGAAAAAAAAAGCAGAAAGGGUUGCUACCAAAGUGGAGAUAGUGGCUAAUCUGGGGGCUGGAGGGGACACUGAUGGGAACGAGCAGUGAGGAUUUCAGAGGUAGGGACAUUGUUCUAGUCUUAGUCCUGGGUGAUGGUUCCAAGGGUAUUUGCUUUGUAAUAAUUCACUGGGCUGUACACUUAUACGUACAUAUUUUCUGUGUGUGUUGUAUUACAAUAAAAACAUUUUAAUAAAAGAA